AUGACGGAUAACCAACUUCUUAACCGCCAGCAGUACGCCUACCAGCCUGGGCGCUCGACGGUGGACGCUGCACGGGACGUGGUGGCGCGCGUUCUCCAGCAUCUCGAGGACGGGCGACAGGUCGCAGCCGUGUUCUGCGACUUGUCGCGCGCUUUCGAGAUGAUUGAUCACGCGCUUCUGCUAGACAAACUGUCACGCUACGGCUUCACAGGCAGUUUCUAUGACACGAUCGCCUCAUUUUUAAAUAACCGUAGCCAAUGUACUAGCGUCAAAAAUUCAAGGUCAGAAAUGGAACCGAUAGGCGGCUGCUCUGUUCCUCAGGGCUCGUCUAUGGGUAAUAACCUGUUUUUAGUGAUAAUGAAUGACGUAACAUCUGCCUGCGACGAUCCAGAGUACGUAAUGUUCGCAGAUGACACGUGCAUUAUUGUUAAUGCUGACAACAUUGAUCAACUGAAAUCCACUUUAUGUUAA